UCUAUGCAUAUCUGAAAGAAAAAAACCUUUAAUCUACGAGUUUUUAUAAUAAACAGCAAAAUUUCUUAAUAUUUUAAGUGUGUUUAACAGGGAAUGGAAAAAUUAUCCUAUACAUUCGGAAAAGUACCGACCUAUUUUUCUACAACUUAUGAUACCCUAGCCUACUUUAUAGAUGAUUAUAACGAAAGGGAGGCUAACGAAGAGUUAUUCGUCUUUUACGAUAAAGAGCUAAAAAGAACCUCAUUAACAAGGUCCGAGUGGAGCAGACUGUCCACUAAUAUAGCUUGUAACAUCUUGAAAAGAGGGGAAAAGGGUGAUUAUUAUUGUAUAAUAAUGCCGAAUUGCCGGGAAUUUCCAAUUGCUUUCGUCGCUUUACAAAGACUAGGAUUUAAUACGGUGAUUACGUCAGAAUUACUAGAUUUAGAAAUAAUAUUGGAUAAAAUUACGUUAUGUGGACUGGUUGUUUUUGUCAGUGAUUUAAAAAAAAUUGAUUAUACAAAGUUAUUUAAUAUUAAAAAUAUUAUUUUAGUCGAGGACGAGGAGUUAGAUACCAGACUGUACAAAUAUUUGGAUGGACAAACAAUUCUAUUUUAUCAAGAAUUAAUAAAAGACAGUGGGGACAGACCAAAAUUUCCAAGAGUCCAAAGUGAUGAUAAUCUGAUUAGCAUAUUGACAAAAGAUGAAGAGCAGACUAUAAAUAUUAUUCAAAUAGAUCAGAGAUACAAUAUAAAUUACUUUUUCAAUUGGACUAGAUGUUCUAAAAAGAGUUCAUUAAAAUGUUUUGUAAAUAUACCCCUAUCGGGCUAUGGUCUAAUACACGUUUUCGGGUCUGUAUUUGGAAAUAAAGUGAUUACAGUGCAAACUCCCCUUGAAAGCAACGCAGACGAAUUGAUAAAAAUUGCACAAAUUAUAUGGAAGGAGGAAUGUACAAUUGUUGGGUUAUUUGGUUAUUCUCUCGAUAAGAUGGUGAGAAAUCCAGAUGCACUUGAAUACUUUAAAGGUUAUGUAAAAAUAAUAUCAACAUCAGGUUUGCCUCUACACAGAUCGAUGGUUAAUCGCAUUUGGGAUGUUCUACCGUCUGUUUGUGUAUUAGAUGUUGUAUAUACAAUGGAAAUCGGAUUAGUUUACUCAAAAAUUUGGACGGCUUCCGAUACUGAAUCAAAGGCCCUUCUAUUACCUCUAUCUGAAUUAUCUAUUAGAGACGAGAAUGGGGAUGUAGUCGAUAGAGGUCAGGUUGGAGAAUUGUGGAGUAGAAACUCGGCAUUUCUGAGAUUGAUAACAAAGCACGUUAAUAAUUGGCUCAAAACAAACGACUUUGCGGUUAUGAAUCAGUCAGGCUCCGUUGAGUUGUUAGGCAAAAAGAGCCAAGUAAUUACAGUUGGUAAUUAUAAAGUUUACCCACUUUCUUUGGAAAGAGUCAUAGAUAACUGCGAGUGUGUCGAGAGAGUUGUCAUUACAGGUAUAAAAGACCAUCUUUUAGGCCAGCAGCUCUGCCUAGUUGCUAAAUUGACUAAAGAAUGGCAAGCCUUUGAGGAUGACGCACGAAAGCAGAUAAUGAACUACUGGGAAGAAAACAUGAUCAGGAAUGAUCAAGGGACGAGUUACUUAAGGUUUAGUAAGAUUCUUAUCAUAAAAGAAUGGCCAAUGAAUAGUUUACAUAAGAUAUACCGGGAGAAAUUGUUGGACCUAUUGGAGGUGGGACCGUUACAAUAAUAAUAAUAACAAUACAGUAUUAAUAAUGACAAUACCACUGUUACUAAUAUUAACAACCAUAAUAAUAAUAAUAAUAAUAAUAAUAAUAAUAAUAAUACAAAAGAAAGGCAAAAAGAACUAAGCCAUCUUCAAUCUUUUUUCAAACGAUUUUAAGAACUUGUCCAACUUAGACAACUUAUAGUAAUUUGCACCUGUCACCGUUCGUUUCACCUCUACUCACCAAGACGACUUCCUCCUUGUCAAGAACUUUUCACCUUAUGACGUAACGGUUCAUCCUCAACCAUUUACGUGUCUUUUUCACCAAUAGAGUAAUCAUAUGGCCUAGUGAUUUGAUAAGAGAAUGAACAACAAACACAAAUAGGUUUGCUGUUAGAAUUCAAACUAACGUAAUAUGACCUAAAUUGAACAUUACAUAGUAUUAUCACUAUUAUUAGUAUUACGUCUAGAGAACAGUAUAUCAUGUAUCUUAUCAUUUUAGCAUCCCUUUAAAAGAUUUAAAAUGCCGUUUAUUCCCAUACGAACCUCCUCUGCUCCAUUCAUUUGCUUCUAAUUGCUUUAAAUGCUCAAUUAACACUUGAAAAUAAUUAAAAAUCUUUUCUCCCCUUUUAUGUAAAGGUAAUAAUGAUUAUGUGAACAAUAACUAACGUUUAACGGGUGCUCUUUGAAUGCUUGUGAUAAUCACCUACCUGAGAAUUGGCUACCCGCGGUGUAAUUUUAUAAUAUAUACUACGUAUAAAAGUGAUUAAGCUUUGGCAUUUUUAUUCUUGUUUGGUAAAGAAUGCCUUUGUCAAAAGGAAAAAACAACACUUAACAGAAAUUAAUAUGUAUUAUAAAUAACUCGGGGAAGCAUUAAACAUGCUCAUUUCAUCUUUUCUUCGAUAAUAAUCCUUGCAUCAUAAGGAAAUAUAUGCCAGUUUCAUUUAACUUAUACGCCGACUUUCUUUUACUCUUACUUUCAAUAAAUUUUUAUCUAGAUGGCGUGGAAAUCAGUUAUAUCAUAAGGGGGGUUGGUGGGUAGGUGGGGGGCUUAGAAAGAGGAUUUACAAA